AUGUAUUUUUUAUUUAUAGUAUUAUCUGCAAUAAUUGCAGCUAACGCUUUAACUGACAGGGGAAACUGGGAACUUUUCAAGAAUCAAUACGGAAAGAAAUACCUAAAUUCUUUGGAAGAGUCUCGUCGUUUUGUAAUCUUUCAACAAAAUUUACGAAGAAUUGAAUCUCAUAACCAAAGUCCGUCCAGUUUCAAAAUGGGGAUUACCAAAUUUGCCGACCUCACCGAAGAAGAGUUUCUAGACACGCUGACUUUAUCGAAAUAUACAAAACCAGAACGACCACAAAAUAUUGAAUACAUCAAACUAGAUGACGAAGUACCCGAUGAAUUUGAUUGGAGAACAAAAGGGGCUGUAACCGAAGUAAAGAAUCAAUUAAGUUGUGGUUCCUGUUGGUCUUUCAGUACGACUGGUACAUUGGAAAGUGCUUAUUACAUCCACACUGGAAACUUGGUAUCAUUCAGCGAGCAAAACUUGGUCGAUUGCGUCAAGGUAGGUUGCAAUGGUUGCUUGGGUGGUUGGAUGGACAAAGCAUUCGAUUAUAUCAAAAUAAACGGAAUCAUGACAGAAUCUGAUUAUCCUUACGAAGCUGUAGAUCAGAAAUGCAAAUUUGAUCCGAACAAAUCUUUAGCUCGAGUAUAUAACUACACUUACAUUAUUGAAGGUGAUGAAGUUGAACUGAAAAAAGCCGUAGCGCAAAAAGGACCUACGGCUGUUGCUAUUGACGUUACGUCCUACUUUCAACUCUAUGAAUCAGGUGUAUUGAAUGAUGAUAUUUGUCAAAGCGAUAUACUAUAUGCAAAUCAUGGGGUGGUGGUUGUCGGAUAUGGUACUACAAACGGAAGUGAUUAUUGGAUUGUCAAGAAUUCGUGGGGUGCUGAUUGGGGGAUGGAUGGUUAUAUUUUGAUGUCAAGAAAUAGAGAAAAUCAAUGUGGUAUUGCAACUGACGCAUUAUAUCCUUAUUUUUAGUUAUCAGUUUUCUUAAUUAUUUAGUUUUUAAUAGAAAUAAACGUUGAUAGGUAUAAGA